AUGACUGCUAAGCUUAGGGAACUCCUCCAAUCACUCAAUCUCCCAGGUUCUCUCCAGGCUCUUGAAAAGCCACUCGGCCUCCCUCCAUCCCUUCUCUCCCAUGCAGAAGAGAUACGUCAGCAAGAGGGCCUGAAUCGGCUCCGUCUGUCCAUAAAAGACACCUCAAAACUCAAAGCAAACGAUAAGGCCAUCUACACCGAGGGUGUCGAGAUGCUCAUGGCCGAGAAGGACGAAGAUAAUCGUGCACGCACCAAGUACGGCACGGACCGCUGGAUACGCGAAGCCUCCGAAGUCGCUGGCGAGAAGCUGCAUGCCCGGAUGAAGGAGAUCGAGGGCUAUUUGGCAUCGGCGGAGAAUAGCGAUCGACUUGUUGAGGAAAAGUUGCGGGACACGGAGAGGGUGCUGCGGGUGCUUAACGGGACGAAUAGAGAGAUUGAGACGUUUGUGCCCAGUACUCGGAAGGCGGUGAUGACUGAUGCCGUUGAGAGGGAGGCAGUGCGGUUGAGGGGUUGUUUGAAUGAGGUGUCUAGGUUGGAGAGUCGGAGGAGGAGGAGGGUUGAGGCGCUUAGGGAGAAAGCGAAGGGGGAUAGUAUUCAUGCCGCUCUCCUGGUUGAAACCGGCCGUCUCGAGCGGGAAUUUCCCAUGCAACGAAUUGAGGCCAGCCAAUUCGAAGAUCUCUUCAGUGCACGGCUGCAAGAGUACGAUGUGGACCGCAAGAUGCUUGGUGAGGAUGAGGAAAAGGCCCAGGCGAAGAUUGCGGAGCAGCUGCUGGAGGCGAAUCGGAACUUUGUGAAUGCGCGGCGGGGGGAUUCGUCGACGAAGGAGCGCGAAAAGGCGUUGCAGGAGUUAGAGAAUGGGUAUGUAAAGUAUAAGGAGAUUAUUGGCAAUGUGGAAGUUGGGAGGAAGUUUUACAAUGACUUGGCGAAGCUGGUAGGGAGGUUUCGGGAUGAUUGCAGGGGGUUUGUGAAGGAGAGGAGGAUUGAGGCCGCGGAGUUGGAGAGAGACAUUACGAAUACAAUUGCAAUGGCGUCGCUCAACAUUUCACAGAUCCAAAAACCGAAGCAAAAAACAUCACCACCUCCCGCAACGGCGGUUCCAACUGCACCUCCAGCAGCAGUGGCGGCAGCGUCAGCUGCCAUUCAACAACAACAACAGCAGCAGCAGCAGCAGCAAAUACAACAACAACCACAAUACCAAUCACCACCCCUACAAUACCGUCAGCCAUAUUACCAAAAUCCCUGCCAAAAAUCCCCUACCAAACCCAUCCGUUCAUCCACUCCAGGCUCAUAUCCCAUCCAAACAGACUUCACCCCAUCAACAUCCACCACGUCUCCAGUUCAAACCCUAGCAUCACCCACAACGCCAUCAAGAGCACCAACCGAAGAGCCCCUCGUGGCCCCGCAACCCAUCCGCGCCUCCAUCGUUCCACCACCAAGCACCCUUCCAUUUCCGCCACCGAUGCCAAUGCCCAUGCUCAAGUCAAUGCCUGUGGCAGGUAUGUGGUCCCCUGAGCGGGGAAUCAAGUUCGCGGGAAUCCCUGCUCCACAGAUGAAUGAGCAGACGCAGCGGACGCGCGAACAGGCACAAGCGCAAAGCGAUGUGGAGGCGCAGGAGGCGCAGUUGAGGCCUCCGGUGCCGUUGACGAGGCAGAUGGCGAUGCCAGCGCCUGGGCAGUGGGAUCCGAGUCGGGGGGUUAGGUUUUCGUAG